UGCCGACACCGGCGGUCGUGUGGCAGGACAUAACCAUGUUUGCUGUUCCCGAGCAAAAUUCCAGUGACCGGACAUCGUACCAGAAAUAUGAACGGGGAGCUGUUUUGUUCGUCGUGACGCGAAAACGGUUAGGAACGAAUUAGCGAAUCAAAAUAGUACGAACUGAAUCGAGUCGAAUUGCACCGUUCAGUCGCGAGGUCGUAGCCCGAUGGGAGACGCGAUUGACGACGUGAGCCUCUACAACUGCACGGCGUCGCUGCUGAUGCAGCUGGACUCCUCCGUGAACGCGAAUUCCGUGUGGACGCUGAACCGGAGCCAAGUGGUCGACCUGUUGGAAGUCGCCCUAACGCAGACGGACUCCUCCGCCCAGUGGACGGCGCUCCGUGACUUCAUUUCCGAAUGCCUCCUCCCCGCACAGAGGCCGUAUGACCUGGCCUGGUGGCAAAAACUUAUGUGGGCUGUCGUAUUCGGGGCGAUGCUCGUAGUUGCCACAGGGGGCAACAUAAUCGUCAUGUGGAUCGUCCUUGCUCACCGACAAAUGCGCACGGUGACCAACUAUUUCUUGGUCAACCUGAGCAUAUCGGACCUCAUGAUGUCACUGCUCAACUGCAUCUUCAACUUCAUCUUCAUGCUGAACUCUGAUUGGCCGUUUGGAGCCGCGUACUGUACUGUGAACAACUUCGUGGCCAAUGUGACGGUCGCUGCCAGCGUGUUCACGCUCGUCGCCAUUUCAAUAGACAGGUACAUGGCAAUUGUUCGACCGCUCCAGCACAGAAUGUCAAGGCGAAGAGCGAGGCUUGCUCUGGCUGUCAUCUGGCUGGCCAGCGGACUCCUCGCGGUGCCUUGCUUGCUGUACUCCACCACCAUGACGAAGAGAUACGCCAACGAUCAGAGACGGAUCGUCUGCUACAUGCGAUGGCCAGACGGCAGCUACCCGACAUCCAUGACGGAAUACAUGUACAAUCUGGUGUUCCUGGGACUCACGUACCUGGUGCCUGUGACAGCAAUGGCCGUGUGCUACACCCUGAUGGGCAGAGAGCUCUGGGGAAGUCGAUCCAUAGGCGAGCUAACUCAGCGCCAAUCACACUCCAUCAAAUCGAAAAGGAAGGUAGUGCGGAUGUUCAUCCUCGUGGUAUCCAUCUUUGCAUUCUGCUGGCUGCCGUACCACGGCUAUUUCAUCUACGCCUACCACAACAACUCCAUCGCAGCCAGCAGCUACGUCCAGCACAUGUACCUGGCCUUCUACUGGCUCGCCAUGUCCAACGCGAUGGUCAACCCUCUCAUUUACUACUGGAUGAACAACAGGUUCCGGGUGUAUUUCCAGCGGAUCGUUUGCCAGUGCUGCUGUUUCCGCAGGAAGGACGCGGACAGCCUGGAACUACAACCGACGAAACACACUGCGAACAGCCAGUCGGAGCUGGCGAGGUCCAGGUCGGAGAGAUACAGAGGAACACGCGACUAUGAGUAGACUACGGGAUUCUUAUGACGUCACAGACAGAGGCCAGUCUGCCCAGCGUCCAACAUGUCGGACUGCCAGACUUGUGACUGUAAGAUUCACUCAGUAAUCAAACAGGUAAAUAAGACGACCUCUCGUAUUUAAUUCGCUGUCAAGACAGCCAGUUCAGAGAACGUAUCACGAACCCAACACGUCAAGGACAAAGAUGAGAAGUGUUACCGCCGAGCUAACCUUCACGGUGACAGAACCCAACGUAGCCCAACUCCAUUUGUUUACUACAUCUAGUCGGAUUUGUCAAUGCAUCAGCUGCUGAGUCAUGU